AUGAUCAUAAAAAUUUUUGAAGAUACAAGUUCGCAGCCCUGGAUAGCGAAGGCGGGGAAGUCGAGACGUGACAAGCUGCGUGGUUCACUCAAUAUGUUUCCAAGACCAUUAUUGCAAUGCGGUCGUUUCUCUCCAGCUGUAUGGCUGAGGAGGGGCUUCCAAUCAAGUGUGCCGGCUCUAAACAAUGGUUCAAAUGGUUCGCUUUUUGGGUCUAUAACCGAGGCGACGGAGGCUCAAAACGAGGACCCCAACCGAAUCUCUAACAGGCUGACGGCUGCUUCGAGUGUUGCCGAAAGCCAGGAAUCGGAUCCCAAGGAAACAGUGACUGUUCAGAACGAUAAGUUGUUGCAGUCGUUCAUUCAGAGAUCGCAACCUGCGGCUUCCGCUCCUCAGCUGCUGCUGUCGCCAUUGAAGAGAAGGAUAUACGAGGAGAACUGCAAGAUGAAUGGUGGGUUUUACAAGAAAGACUCCGUGGUAACGUUGACCGGCGAAGAUGGCAAGAAACUAAAAUACAAGCUGAACUUGAGCCGCGAGGAGAUGGAGGCCCUGGAGCCCAGUAUCUACGUCAAGUCAUACCGUAUCAAGUCUUCCAUGAAAAAGACAACCCAGCUGUUGAGGCUUUUGGGCGGGCUUGACGCUAAGGUCGCGCUGACACAGUGCCACUUCUCGAACAAGAAAGUUGCGCGCGAUGUCGCAGAGGUGCUGACGCGUGGGAUGGCGGACGCCGAAAAGCUCGGGCUGAAGGCUGACAACUUGUACAUUGCCCAGAUAUGGACCGGUAGCGACGGAUACUGGCAGAAGAGAAUCGACAUCAAGGCAAGAGGCAGAAACGGUGUCAUUACACACCCUUACGUGCAUGUGAGGUGCAUUCUAAAGACCAAAGAUGUCACACAGCGUCGGCUGGCGUACGAGCAGAUGCUCAAGCAGCAGAGAAGCAAGCCGUGGGUGCAGCUCAGAGACCAGCCUGUGCGGGGGGCCAUGGGAGGCGUUUACAAAUGGUAG